AAAUACAUGACUAUUUUUGUAGUUUAAAUUAAAAACUUUGUUUAGUUGGGCGGUUGGGCUUGGCCACCGAUUUUUGCUUAUCAGUACUCGAGUAAUAUAUCAGGCUUUCUAUUCGGACCUAACCCUGACAAAGACUGGAAAGAUGGGUGCACAGAAAAAGGGUGCUACUGCUAGGGUUUCAGAAGACCCAGAGGAAUUAGCACGUCAUCCAUUACAAGCCAUUCUCUUAGCUGAUAGCUUCACCACCAAGUUCCGUCCAAUUACUCUCGAACGCCCCAAGGUAUUGUUGCCUUUAGUAAAUAUUCCGAUGAUAAAUUAUACAUUAGCAUGGCUUGACUCGGCGGGCGUGGAGGAGGUUUUCGUGUUCUGCUGUGCUCAUUCGAAACAAGUGAUUGAUUACUUGGAGAGUUCCGAAUGGUCAUCUCAACCAAAUUUUUCGGUUACUACAAUAGAAUCUCACAAUUCCAUCAGUGCUGGUGAUGCUUUGCGUUUGAUUUACGAGCGCAAUGUGAUACAUGGAGAUUUUGUUCUUAUUAGUGGAGAUACAGUGAGCAACAUGUCGCUUACACAGGCACUUCAAGAACAUAAAGACAGAAGGAAAAAAGAUGCUAAUGCUAUAAUGACCAUGGUUGUUAAACAGUCAAAGCCUUCACCGAUCACCCAGCAGUCUCGACUUGGUACCGAUGAACUCUUCAUGGCUAUAAAUCCUGUUACGAAACAGCUUCUGUAUUACGAGGAUAAAGCAGAAUAUUCAAAGGGGUUUAUAUCUCUUGAUAAAACAUUGAUAGCUGACAAUCCUUCUGUCAUUCUGCACAAUGACAAACAGGACUGUUAUAUUGACAUAUGCUCUCAAGAAGUACUAAGUCUUUUCACAGACAAUUUUGAUUAUCAACAUCUAAGACGUCAUUUUGUAAAGGGACUGCUGGUUGAUGAUAUCAUGGGUUACAAGAUAUUUACUCAUGAAAUUCACUCAAGUUAUGCUGCUAGGAUAGAUAACUUUCGAAGUUAUGAUACCAUUAGCAAGGACAUAAUUCAGAGGUGGACUUAUCCAUUUGUUCCAGAUGUGCUCUGUGGAAGUUCUGCAAUAAAGGUUGAGAGGCAGGGAACUUAUCGAGCAUCUGAUGUCACACUGUCACGUUCUGCACAAUUAGGUUCAUUCACUUUCAUUGGACAAGGCACCAAAAUAGGGAAUGACACAAAAAUCUCUCAUUCUGUUAUUGGAGAAAGGUGCACUAUUGGAUCAAAUGUCACAAUAGAAGGCUCUUAUAUAUGGAAUAAUGUUACCAUUGAAGAUGGCUGUCAGUUAAGGAAUGCAAUAGUAUGUGACAGUGUAAUACUGAAGUCAGGAGCAGUUCUGCAACCUGGAGUUAUUCUAUCUUUCAAGGUUGUAGUUGGACAACAGUUUGUUGUUCCUGCCUACUCAAAGGUUUCUUUACUUCAACAGCCAACCCAGCAAGAUAGUGAUGAGGAAUUGGAAUAUGCUGACAGUACUAGUGGCACUGGGGAGCUUCGAUCGGAUAAAUUGAAUGGGGACAUUGCACCUGAUUUAUCUGAGACAGCAUCUGAGCUUGGUACUGGUGGAGUUGGUUAUAUUUGGACAGUCUUUGAAGGAGCGUAUGAUGAAGAAUGGAGGCAUUCAGUUGCACCUAUUCCCACAGAUAAACUGGUUAAGCUAAUGCUAGAUAAAGAUGAGGAUGAGGAACUGUUAACUCAAGAUGGGAAUGUUAUUUCAGCUUCAAGAGAGCUGAAAACUGAUUCUGAUGGUAACGGUUCUGAAGAUGACGAUAAUGAAGACUCUAGAGAUGACUAUGUAUCCUUUGAGAAAGAGGUUGAAGCUACCUUUUUAAGGGCUGUUCAUGAAAAUGUCAAAGUAGACCUUGCAGUCUUAGAGGUGAAUGCACUUCGGUUGUCUUACAACAUGGCAUCUGUUGACUGUGGUGGAGCAAUAUUUUACUCAAUGAUGAAGUUGGCAGUCGAAUCUCCACAUAAUUCUGCGAGUGAAUUGCAUAGAAAUGCUGCUGAUAUAGUCACAACAUGGCAAAAACUGUUGAAGUCUUUCCUGCAUGAUAUAGAUGAGGAGAUUGAGGUUAUCUUGAAAUUUGAGGAAAUGUGCCUGGAAUCGGCCAAGGAGUUCGCUGCAUUAUUUCCACAGAUUUUGCAUCUUUUAUAUGAUAAAGAAAUUCUACAAGAAGAUGCUAUUCUAAGGUGGGCGGAUGAGAAGGAAGGAGCAGAUGAAUCGGAUAAAGUGUUUCUGAAGCGUUCAGAAAAAUUUAUACAGUGGUUGAGAGAGGCUGAAGAAGAAGAGGAUGAUGAGGAUGAGUGAGACUACUUGUGUUUUGGCACGUAUGAACAUCACUGCUGAGGAAAAUAUGGUCUGCCUUUGUUUGCAAUUUUUGCUUUUCAUGUGGCUAAUAAAGUCUUGACAUUAGAAAUGUUGUAUUGAAUUGAAACGUUUUGACAGUAGUCCAUAUAUUCAGAUUUACUUAUUGCUUUCUUUUUUCCUUUUAGAGUAAAUAGAAUUUCAGUAGACAACAAGGAUUAAUAUUAAUUUAUUUUAAUUUUUUAAGUAAUAUUGUCAAAAAUGAAUUUAUAUUA